AAGUAGGAUAACUGAACUGUAGGACGCACCAACAAGAUGACAAUGAACACUCUGCUUUUUUUGACUCUCACCUGUAUGGUCUUCAGAAAUGCUGGAGCCCUACUGUGUCUCUUCUGCCAAGAUGGAAAUUGUUUAAAUUCAGUACCUAAGAACUGUUGCUCAGGGCAAAUGUGUAUGACAGCUUCUAUCAAAUCUACUUCAUCAGGAAAAACUACAAACCAAAUCUACAAGGACUGUGUUGCAUCAUCACUCUGUCAGAGCUCGGGCAUUCAGAAUUAUUCAGCAAACGUGGGUUUGCAAAGCGUGAUUGCAUCUACUGAGUGCUGCAACACGGACAACUGUAACUCACAUACUCUAGAAAUGCCAGAAUCUCAACCUGAAAACAAUCUACGUUGUUUUGUUGCUGACCCUGAAGCACCUACAAAGGUCUCUACAAUAGCAUGUACGGGGCCAGAGACAAAAUGUUUCGCAGCACAAGUUUUAACAGUUACUGAAGACUCCAAAAACGUUCCACAACUGGGCUGUGUGACUCCAAAUAUGUGUGCAGCCAGUGACGACCUAAAAACUUUACCAUUCGUGGAAAAUUUAGGUUCAAUUACUUGGGGACCAAGUUGCUGUGAUGGUGAUGAAUGUAAUGACUUGAAUCAAAUUAAUCUGACUACAACAACAACAAUGGCUCUAACCACCACAACUGCUGCUCCAACCACCACAACUGCUGCUCCAACAACAACUAUGGCUCAAACCACAACAACUGCUGCUCCAACCACCACAACUUCUGCUCCAACUACCACAACUGCUGCUCCAACNACCACAACUGCUGCUCCAACCACCAAAACUGCUGCUAUCACCACAACAGAUGCUCCAGCCACCACAAGUGCUUCUACUACCACUAUAACUGUGUUGCAAACAACCACUCCCACUGCUCCAAACCCCAUUGCUGGAGCUUCUAACAUCAAAACUAUCGCUCCUACCACUACAACUCUGGCUCCAACGACACCUACCACCUUGACAUCCACCAGGCAACCAGCUACAACCAGCAGUGCAUCUCAUGUCAGAUUGGGUCUUCUCCAUCUGCUAUUGGGACUCUUUAUUAUCAUCUUCUAAGAGUUUAAAAUAAGAUACAAACAUCAUUCUUGAUGAAAAUCUAAUUCUUAAUAAUCCUUUAUAUUCAGUAGUAUUGUAAGGAAGUGUUUGAAUGUAAAUAUAAGUUAACAACAUAUAUACAAUCUUUAAUUUUCUUUGUCCAUCAUAUAUGAAAUUAGCUUUAUAUUAUAAAAAGUCAUAUGUA